AUGACCGACACUGUUCCAACAUUCAAAGACUUAUCAUUUUAUUCAGAUCCUGAAUCAAACAAUUCAAGAUAUGUAAAACUAAUUGAAAAAUUCCAGAACACUUUCGGGAAUAAGCCAGAAUUUAUCAGUCGUUCUCCUGGAAGGGUCAACUUGAUUGGAGACCAUAUUGAUUACAAUCAUUUUUCUGUAUUGCCAAUGGCUAUCGAUGUUGAUGUGAUUGCUGCAGUUGCUACUAGUGAUGAUCAUAAGAUAGUAUUAACCAAUACUGAUGAGUCGUUUACAAAAGAAGAAUUCGAGUUAGCUUCGAAUGGGGAUGUUAUCGAAAUAGAUAAGACCCACCAUACUUGGGGAAAUUACUUCAAAUGUGGAUUGAUUGUUGCCCAUAAGUACAUUAAAGACAAUUUUCCUGAAACUGUGGACAACGGUCUUAAACCGUUGAGAGGGAUGAGAUUAACAUUUAACGGUACCGUUCCUGCUGGAGGAGGAUUAUCAUCAUCAGCAGCAUUCUGUGUUGCCUCUACUUUAGCUAUAUUGAGAGCUAAUGGGGUAACCUCAGUUUCAAAGGCUGAUUUAACCAAGAUUACCGUUGUGUCUGAACAUUAUGUUGGGGUUAAUACAGGCGGUAUGGAUCAAUGUGCAUCUAUAUAUGGUGAACAGAAUAAAGCAUUAUUAAUUCAAUUCAAACCAAAAUUAAUUGGUAUUCCCUUUGAAAUCCCUGUAAUUAAGCCUAAUGAUAUGGUAUUUUUGAUUUCCAACAGUUUGCUCAAAGCAAAUAAGCACGAAACUGCUCCUACAGAUUAUAAUUUAAGAGUGGUUGAAAUUGCUGCCGCAUCAGAAUUAUUUGCAAAGAAGUUCAAUUUGAUUUUACCUAAGGAUUCAAAUUUAUCUACAGGCACUUUGAGAGGUUUCAUGGACAAAUAUUUUGAAGAAUACUUAAAAGAGGGCGCAUGGGAUGGUAGUGAUAUUGAUGUCGGUAUCAGUCGCUUAGAAGAAAUGUUGAAGUUGACUGAGAGUGUUUUCAAUGAUGAUGAAAAAGUUGGGUUUGAAACAACUGAAAUUGCACAACAGUUGGGCUUAUCAAAGGAAGACUUUACGAAGAUCUUUUUGACUAAAGCUCCUGUCAGAUACCAGAAAUUAAAAAUUUACCAAAGAAGUAAGCAUGUUUUUUCUGAUUCCUUAAGAGUUUUGCAAGUCCUAAAAUUGUUGGGAAGUUACAGCUCAAGCGAAGACUCCGAGAUGUUCUUAAAAAACUUUGGUCUGUUGUUAAGCGAUUCCCAUCAUUCAAGUGAUGUUUAUAAUGACUCUUCGAAGCCAGAAUUAGAUCAGCUUUGUAAAAUAUCUACGUCUAAUGGUGCCUACGGUGCCAGGGUUACUGGUGCUGGAUUCGGAGGCUCUGUAGUUCAUUUAACAACGGCUGAUAAAUUAUCAAACGUUGUAACAGCAUUGACCGAGCAAUAUUAUAAAAAACAGUUCCCUGAUAUCACUCAACAAGAAUUGGAUGAAGCCAUAGUCGUAUCGAAACCAGCUACAGGUAGUUGCAUUGUUGAAUUAGAUAGUUUCUCAUUAUAA